UGAUGGAUGUGAGGUUUAGUUUUGAGUCAGAGGCACCAGCAAAAGCCUAAGUCUGAGAGUGUGUGUAGGAUGAGCCUCCUACCACGUUCCUCCCUGUCUCUCAUCAACUGUCUUUCUGCCUCCCCUCCAUCCUUUUCUUUCUUCUAUGUGUCAGCAUGUCUUCUGUAAAUGUCAUUACAGACAUAAAUUAGUGAUUUGAUUGCUCUUCACUUGACUGAUUAGCAAUAUUCCAUGUUUUCAACUGGAGACAGUUUGUUAGAAGUAGAAGACAUCAGACAGCAACGAGAUCUGGAGUCUGCAUCCUUGACUGUGCAUACAUAUGAGUGCAUGUAUAUGUGUGUAUGCAUGUUUGUAUCCCUCACAGUGAUUAAAGCAAGUGGGCGGCAGCAGCAACUGGUCUGCCUGUGUGGCUCUGCAUAGCAGACAUGUUUCUCACUGCUAGAUAUUACUCAUUUCCUCAGCCCUUUGCACACACAAGCACACGCACACACACACUCUCUUGACACACACAUGCUCACAGGCACAACAGACACGGAGACGGAUAGCAGACUCUCAGUUUUUUCCUUCAGUUUGGUGGGCUCGCUGGUGUUAUUUCACUCGUUCAGAGAUCAGAGGCAGGGCGUAGCUGCAGGCUGCUGAUAUCUGCGGGUGUUGGAGCCCAUGGCGGUGCUGUGAAGGAAGCACUGUGGCACAGUAAGGAGCUGGGAGGUGGGCUGACCCCCCUGGGAGGACUAGAAUAUGAAUGAGUACCAGCUCUGGGACAUCUCCUCACCCCGGUACCAAGGUGAGUGGUGCUUCAGUGCAAGAGCAGCAACAGCGAUCCAACAGUGAUGCUGUGUACCGGCCUUCCCCUCUGUGUGCACCCCUCGUUUUCCCGUGAGGCCCAUGUGACCUAACCUACACUAACACACAGGGGGCCCCCACUGCUGCUGGAGCCCACCCAUGAAUCCAAGCCCUGACCGCAGCAAAGAGCGCCUCCCUCCCAAAAAGAGGGAGUCUCGGCAAGGGUCUGCAGAACACCACGUCCCUCUGGAUGAGUUUAAACCGCCUGUGCCAUUUCGGAGCCGGCAUAGUGCCAGUAGAGGGGAGGGAGGCAGGGAACACAGUGACCGGGACAGAGUUCUCUCUAACCCAAACCCCCAUCUCCUAAACAGUCCUCCAGCCCUUCCUCCUCCAGCAUCAGGUCUCCAUGUGCCAUUACCAUGGUCCCUGAACUACUCUUCACCUGUUUCUCUUCCACUUUUUCCAGGCCAGGUCAGCGACAGAAGGAGCUCGUUGUCUCCUGCCUGGAGAGAUGAUCCCCACACCUCAACCUUACCCCAUCACUCUAGGUGGCUCAGAGGGGAGGGACCACUAUCAUUGCCUCCCUCCCCAUCUUCUUCCUCUUCUUCCUCAUUUAAGACUCCUUUUCCAGCAAGUACAAGAGAAAUAUGGUCCUACCUUAACACCAGUCGCCGGGAUUAUAGCCCCUCUAUCUUUUCUCCUUCCUAUUUGUUUAACCCUCACUCUUUGUAUCCCCAAGACCCCAGCUUAGUUGAUGUAAGACCUAGAUACAAAAGGCCUAAUGGCUUAGAUGGGUCAGGCAGCAGGACUGCCUCAGUUUCCAGACCUCUCCUCCCUGGAGAGUAUGGGAAUGACAGAUCUAGGCUUGAUGUAAGUCAAUAUACUUUGCAUGCCAAUGGUGCACGUAGACAGCAGGAGGACCUGAUCUCCCCUGUCCAUUCUGCAGGGGCAUUUUUGUCAGAUUCUCAACCUCAAGUAAGCCCUGAACCACAUUCCUCACUGCAGGAAAUAAAUCAGUCUGGGAAGACCAGCUCCACUUCACUCCCCACUAGUCCACAUACCCUUGGACCAGACGCAAGGGCUGGCAGAGGUGGACUUCUGGACCAUGUGGGGGCUACACCAUCUGAGGCCCAAUAUUACCCCUUUGGAUCAGUCACCCAUCCCAGCCCUCAUCCCCAGGCCUAUCCUCUCUCCAGCUCCUCAGGAACACUUUCAUACAGUCUGCAUAGGGAGCCAGGUCCAAGGCAGCACACACUAAGGAAUUCGCCACACUCACCCCUUAGUCUGCCUAACAGCCAUGACAGGUCACAAAGAGAGUGGGAUAGAGACCUAGAAAGAGACAAGGUCCUCCAGAGGGACAGGGAAAAGGGUAAAGUAAAAGAUAAGCAAUUACAUCUUGACAAAGACCAAGAAAGAGAGAGUGAGCGCGAGAGACGACGCAACAGAGGGAGAGAUGUUUCUCCUUCCAAUCUUCAGACAUCAUCCCCAGCCCUGCGGCCAUCUCCCCCUGCACUCCUACCUCAUUUCACCAAGGGGUCUCUGAUUGAGCUGGCCAGCGGGCGGUUGAAACGAGUGGAGGAGCUGAGGACUGAAGACUUUCUGAGGAGUGCAGAUACAUCCCCUGAGUUCCACCUCAGCACCUGCACUGUUCUGGUGAUUUCCCCAAGCAGUACACAGGGCUUCAGUCACCUGCAGGUUCACCUUACAGAUCGCAACUCUCAGGAGUUACUGCAGGUCUUGGUGGAGUACCCGUUCUUUGUGCAAGACCAGGGCUGGUCUUCCUGCUCUCCUCAGAGAACUACACAGCUGUAUGGCCUGCCCUGCCGUCAGCUUAGUGAGGGUGAUGUUUGCCUAGCCCUAACCCCAAUGCCCACACAAACUCAGCGGACACCCAGCCGCACCAGCUCUAGGGCUCAUCGCACGCAACUGCUCCCCAGAGGUCCAGCAGAUUCAAGCAGCUCGCAAAGGGAGGAGAUGCCACCACCACCUCCACCCCCUCCACUUCCUUCCCAGCCACCCCUUUUAACACCAGGCCCUUCUUGCAAACAGGCUACAGAUACUCCCACAAAGGAGCAGCAACAGCCUCGUAAACGGCGCUGGUCUGCACCAGACACACUUCCCUCAACCAGAACUGAUAAAAGCCUCCUGGAUUUACCUCAUGGCUCCAAGCUAAUGAAGUGGCAGUAGAAACUUGCACAUGCAUACUUACACACACACAUGAGCACAUACACACCCUCCUUGUCUCUGUUGAUCCUACCAAGACAAACAAUGGAGAGACCUCAAGGUAGGGUUGCAGGGAAGAUAUACACAACAAUAGAAGACAAAAAUUACAAGUGAUCUAAUUCAUAAAGAUGUAACCCCUGUUGACCCUUUCAUUUCUUUUCCUUUUUUUUCUUUACAUUUCCCCUUCCCUUCCCUGUCCUUUCCUGUCAUACCCUUUAUUUUCCUUUCUUUUCCUUUCCUGUUAUUUCCAUUCCCUCACCCUUUCCUUUUCUGAAAGGAGCAGCAGGGUGCAUGUCAAUUUGCUCCUUCACCAUUUGGUACUUUUGUAGUUUUGGCCAUUUCAUAACUGAUUAUUUUGCACACAAAAGGAUGCUGUCCACCGGAGGGACGUUUUACACUGACCAUGCAUCAGCUUGUACCAGUCAUACCUGUGUUUCUUUCCUUGAUUCAAAGAAAAUAUCUACAUCCUACUUAAUGCAAAGAGAUGUGUUUCUACAACUCCAAUACAUAAUAUCUUACAAGAUCACUUAAAUGUAUAUUGGUUUGCCCCGUGGGUUCUAAUCUAUGAAUUUUCAAGUGAUCUAAAUAGAACAGAGUGAAGUACAUAAUCUUCAGGUAAUGAUAUACAGUUGAACAAAAUUACAUGAAAGUUAUUAUACUAUUAUUAUCAUUUUUCUCCAUAACUGACAAAAAUACACAACAGCCUAAAAUAAACUGAUGCACCAUGGUGUAAGUUCAUAAGAGAGUAUUCAAUUAUUUAUUCAAGUGCAUAAAAUAGAAGGAGGAAGGAAUGAAAUGGUAAUGCUCAGUUUCAAAUUUGAGUACAAACUGGUGAAGGGGUGAAUUCACUCAGAGAUAUAGCAGCAACUAAUUGACUCUUUACAAAGACACUGAAGAUAUUUAAUGAGACAAUCAAGCACUUGUCUGUGUUCACUCUGUUUUUGCUAUGGUCGUCCCACACACCUUCUCAAUAAAAGUAAUUACUGCAGGGUAUUUUCAAUCAGUGUUAUGAAAGUAAACGCUAUUGAGGAA